UGCACAUCAAACUGGGCGUGAGCUGCGGAGCCCCACGGGAAAGGGCCGUCUGAGCCGGGCAUCAUCCCCACGGAAAGCACGUGGGCUCUUCCAGGGCAGCAGAUCUGACCGCUGCUAGUGCUUGCGCUGCUGUCUCUCUCUCUCUCUCUCUCUCUCUCUUGCUCUGUCGCUCUCUCUCUCUCGCUCUGCUGCUGCUGCCGCUCUGAGCAGCGGCCAAACAAGCGCUUCAAGUUUGAAGGCUCUGAUGCUCGAAAGCGAACUGGAGCCAGGCUUUGCCGUGCGGGGUCUCCACGGAGCAGACAGCGUGAUCAGCCCCGAUGGAUGUCAUGGUAGGCGUUUGGGUUUGCCUGGCAGCGGCCAGAACAGUUGUUGGCCUUGGAAUGGACCCUAGCUUACAGAUUGAUAUUAUCAAAGAAUUGGAUCUUGUCAAUAUGACUAUCGGAGUUACACAGGUGUCUGGACUACAUAACACCAGCAAAGCAUUUCUCUUUCAAGCUGUAGAUAGAGAAAUCCAUGCAGCAUCCCACACAAAUGAGAAGUUAAUUCAGCUCUUCCGGAACAAAAGCGAAUUCACAUUUCUGACCACCAUACAGCAGCAGGCAUCAACUUCUGGAGUUAUUCUGUCCAUACGAGAGUUGGAACACAGUUACUUUGAACUGGAAAGCAGCGGCCUGAGAGAUGAAAUAAGGUAUCACUACAGAUUUAACGGAAAGACAAGAACAGAAGUAUUUCCCUAUCGGCUAGCAGAUGGACAAUGGCAUAAAAUUGCAUUGUCCCUCAGUGCAUCCCACCUCCUGCUUCAUGUGGACUGCAAUAGGAUUUAUGAACGGGUGAUAGAUCGCCCAGAAACAAAUCUGACUCCAGGAAGCAAUUUGUGGCUAGGACAACGCAACAGAAAACAUGGCUUUUUUAAGGGUAUCAUUCAAGAUGCGAAAGUCAUCUUUAUGCCUAAUGGAUAUAUAACUCAGUGCCCUAAUCUGAAUCGCACCUGCCCUACCUGCAGUGACUUCUUAAGCCUGGUACAAGGAAUUAUGGAUUUACAAGAGCUUCUGGCUAAAAUGACAGCAAAACUAAAUUAUGCAGAAAUGAGACUUAGUCAAUUGGAAAACUGUCACUGCGAGAAGACUUGCCAAGUAAAUGGAGUCAUCUACCGAGACAAAGAUUCAUGGGUAGAAGAUGAUCACUGCAGAAAUUGCACAUGUAAAAAUGGAGUGGUGGAAUGCCGACGAAUGGCCUGCCCGCUAUUGAAUUGUUCUUCUGAUGGCCUUCCAGUCCAUAUAACUGGCCAGUGUUGCAAAGUAUGCAAAUCAAAAUGCAUCUAUGGAGAUAAAGUGUUGGCAGAAGGGCAGAAGAUUUUAAUCAAGAACUGCAGAAAAUGUCAUAAUGGAAUUUUAGUAAAAAUAACAGAGACCUGUCCUCCAUUGAAUUGCUCAGAAAAAGACUAUGUACUCCCAGAGAAUCAGUGCUGCAGUGUUUGUAAAGGUCAUAAUUUCUGUGCACAGGGACACCGAUGUGGUGAAAAUUCAGAGUGCAGAAACUGGAACACACGGGCUACUUGUGAAUGCAAAAGUGGUUAUGUCUCUGUCCAAGGGGACUCUGCCUAUUGUGAAGAUGUUGAUGAGUGUGCUGCUAAGAUGCAUUAUUGUCAUGCCAAUACAGUGUGUGUUAAUUUGCCUGGAUCAUAUCGUUGCAACUGUGUCCCAGGAUAUAUCCGGAUUGAUGAUUUUUCAUGUACAGGGAAAUGUACAUUAUCUAAGAUCUUUGAUUUUUUUAUUGUUAUUGAUUAUAUUUCACCUGGGAAAGCAGACCUGCUGAAGAUAUCAGACUAUCCAACAGAAUUGAAUGGCAGAAUUGCUGUUAAGCGCUGUGGAAAUCAGGAGAUUCAGACAGUUCAAAUGAGUGUAAAGGUUUAUUUCAAGCUUAAGCACUACCCAUAUAUACAGCCAAGAUAUCAUAAAGGAGUUUGGUUUGAACAAAUGUGCCACCCUUAUCAUCAACAGGGAAAAGUAAGGAAAACUGAAAAAAUCAAGAUGUCCUACGGAAAUAACAUCAAGAGUCUGGAUGAAAAAGAUCACUACAAAUAG